AUGGACCCGGUACUGGGAUUGCAACUCCAAAAGCCCCCGAGGUUUAGGACUAGGAGAUCACUACGCGUGCGCCCGGCAACAUGGAUGCGAUGGCUUGGAUAUUUGGCCUUUGCGAUGACUGUUCUUGAGACGUACUCAUACCUCUCUGUUCAUCCGGAGCUCUCACUUCUUUGUGCGUUGGUCUCAUAUCAGAAGCCGGGAAUCCUUCGUCCUGGCCAAUACCAUGAUGCUGAUGGGAUCGAAUACGUUUUCGUCCCGGGCGAGACCGAAGUCGAAGACCGGCGCGAAGUAGAUGACAUGGGGUUCGUGCAUGCGAAAAGGUUUGUCCACGGGCAAUUGAAGUUGGCAUUAAAUUGCGUGAUGAAGCUCCUACUACUAGUAGUAGCGCUAAUGUAUAUGGCACGUAGGGAUAUCAGAUUCUACAUUGGCGGAACCUUGACCCUCACCAGCAGUGAUGAAUUCGACACUCCCGACCCCGCUCACCCAGAGCCUUCGAUAUACGACCCUUACCCUCGAUAUAACAGUCGAAAAUGGAAGAAGGAGAAUGAGGGGAAUUUUGAACCCUGCCUAGGCCCAAGAGGCCGAGAUCUUGACCGAACCCGUUUCGAAGAUAUGAUGCUCGUUUACAAAGGGAACCAGAUUGGAUUCCCCGAGUCUCAGUUCGGCUCAUUUGAUGUCAUGGGUCUCGAUGGGAACGUCUGCACCGAUCGAUACUCUCGCUUUGGAGCCUAUGGUUACGAUGAAAUGAGCGAAGAAGACGUCCCUGGGUUUACCCGUCCUCUCCAGGUUCCUUGGUCUGAAGUUGAUUGGCAUGAGCUACAAUCUCUCUGCUUCGAGAGAAAUGCCGACCGAUAUCGUCCGGGAUCGGCGACGAAUCAAUCUCAAGAACGACCUCUCUCGUUUGAGCUGAGACGGCCUCCGCAAAAGACUUACGACUCCUAUGAUGCCCCUUUGCCUGGUAAGAAGCGGCAUCAUAAUAGGUCGGCUUUACUUAUACGAGCGUGGCAUACUAUGGCCUGGACCGAGAAUCAUCGUCAAUACCUUCGAGCUUUAAUCAUGGAGCUUUCUCUGCAUUCUGGGGCGGAGUAUGAAGUCUUUCUUUUAGUUCAUGUGAAGGAUGAUGAACUCCCCAUAUUCUCUGAUGCAAAAACGAUGAACCGACUCCGAAACUCGAUUCCCGCAGAGUUUCGCAGCAUGGCUCUCUUCUUCAACAAUAAGCUACUCGAGGCGUGGUAUCCUAAAAUUGUCGAGCACAGCCCCAUUUUGCAACACCAUCAGCCACUGGAAAUAUUCUCUCAAUUAUACCCCAACUUCGAUUUCUACUGGCAGCUAGAAAUGGAUGGUCGGCAUACCGGUCAUGUUUACCACUUCCUGGACAAAGUGGUGUCAUUUGCGAGAAGACAGCCGCGCAAGUACCUAUGGGAGCGCAAUGCCUAUUUUUAUACACCUGGUGCACAUGGAAAAUGGGAGCAAUUUACUAGAAUGGUCGAUGAGAGCCUUGCAGAGGUAUCAGACAAUACAGUCUGGGGACCGAUAUUCGGAACUGGAAUUCGAUCGCUCGGUCCGAGUCCGCCGACCGCAAGCCCGAAAGAUGACAACUAUACCUGGGGUGUUGGUGAAGAAGCAGAUAUGAUAACCUUUCUUCCAAUUUUCAACCCGAAAGACACAGUAUGGACAUUCCCGGAUAUCAUUUGGAACUUCAGGUAUGGCAUCGACACUCCACGCCGCGCAGCAGUUAUUACGAUGGGCCGGUAUUCGAAGCGUCUACUGGAUUUGAUCCACAAUGCACAAGCGACAAAAGGAUUGGGCCUUGCAUCGGAAAUGACCGGCGCGUCAUGGGCUAUGUAUCACGGUCUGAAAGCAGUCCACGUUCCACAUCCAAUCUAUGCGGACGGCCAAUGGACAUCUGAAGAGCUCGCACGCAUCUACAAUCGAGGGGUGCCGGAAAAUAUAAAUGGUGGUCCAGAUAGUAUCUGGAACUUUGAUCACCUAUAUGAUCACAUCAUGUACCGACUUUCGUACAUGUUCACCACUCAUACCGCGGAGGACAUGUAUAGACGGUGGAUGGGGUUUCGAACCGCAGCUAAUGAAGGCGGAAAGAGGAGGUUUUCUAUGGUCGGCAUUGCUUUCCAUCUAUGUUUCUUCACACCGUGA